AUGGAUUCAGAAAAUGGUUUCUUCAAAGAUUUUCCAGUUGAUGAUAUGCGUUUCAUUUGGGAAAAAGUAAGUUGUUUUAAGUAUCGAAUUUUCAAGAAAUCACUUUUUUUCUCAGCUUGAAUAUGACGAUGCUCGAAAUCUAGCAGACACUUGCUCAGCACUCAGAAAAUCAUAUUUCAAAAACCAAAUUUAUAUCCAAGAGCCACAAAAAAUUGUUAUGCGAAUCAUCCAUCGAUCAUAUAAGGGACGUGAUACUGUGAAUAUAAUGCAAUUUUUGGUGCGAAACGGAACUACACGACAUGCUGAUUAUCCAGAUAUUCAUUGCAAGAAUAUGAAUCAAAUUUUUUACAAAUUGCGAAAUAUGACACGGGAAAAAAAUUUGACACGAAUUUUGUUGGAAUCAAACAAUUUACAUCAUUCAUUCAGUUUUUUCUAUUUAUGGGCUCCAGGUAUUCCAUGUGAUAUAAUUACCGGAGAAUUGACAUCAAGUCUUCAUUUGACAAAUGCGACAAGUUUAGAGCUUCGAGUGAAGAGAUUCACUUUUAAAGUUCAAAAUAUGCUCAGAUACUCAACACUUGAACGAUUGAAGUUUAGCUUACAUUUUCGGUUUCUUGAACAGCGUUAUAUUAUUCCAAAUGUAAGUUGAAAUGUUUUAUUUUCUUUCACAAAACCUCCCUAAUAAUUUCUAUUUCAGAAGAAUCCGGAAAGUUUGAAAAACCUAGAAAUCUCCGUAUAUUUUGAUGACAUCAUUACCAAACCAAAUUAUGUUCCAAAUGAGAAAAAGUGAGUUGAAGCCUAAGAAGCCCAAGAAGCCUUAAAAGCCUAAUUUGAUUUCAGAAUCGAGUUGUGCCAAACAAAAAUGGGAUAUUUAUCGAAAUACUUUUCAUUUGCUCAAUCUGGAUAUUUUGUGAUUAUCAAAACUGAAGAUUUUCAAAAUGUCCAUCGUUCUUUGGACUGCAAUAUUUCCGAUUAGUUUUUGAUGGAUUUUUGAAAAUUCGAAGAUUUCUGAUGUUUUUUGAACUAAAAAACUGCUUUUUUUGUCUGCCUUCUCUCUGGGACGCGAUUUUUUCUUCCGCAACAAUUUGAAAACAUUAUUAUUCACGCUUGUAUUUUUUUUUGAUAAAAUUUUUUUUUGCAAAAAAGUUAUCUAAUUAUCGAACUUCAAUAUUUAUAAACAAAAAUUUAUAUGAUUUUUUUAUUCUCGAAAGAACACAGGGAAGAGUGUUAGAUUUAGAAAUUACAGAGAGAAAAUGCACAGGUGUUUUUGCACAUUUUCUUCCCAGAAAACUGUAUCUCAUGCCUGCGUCUCUCUCUCUCUCUCGUCGCGUCCCUGUGCGGUAAUACACACGCCAUAAUCAAUUUUUACUAAUUACUACAUCUACAUAUAUUUUUUCGAAAGUAAAAAAUGGAUUCAGAAAAAAGUUUCUUUGAAGAUUUUCCAGUUGAUGAAAUGCGUUUUAUUUGAGAAAAAGUAAAUAAUCUAUUUUUUUCUGUUUCAACAAAAAUUGAAAUUUUGAUUUUCGUGUAAAGAAUUCAACGAAAAAUUAAAAUUUGGUUUGAAAACAUGACCGUCUCCAAACAGAAAUUUUGGUUUGGAGACAUGAAAUUUUUUGUUUAUUAACAGUGUUAAAAAUUUUCUGUCAAUUUUUUUCUGUCAAAAAAUUUUUAUCAAAACUUCUUUCCCGCUCAAAAUGUAAGUGUUGAAAUUUUAGAGAAGCUUAAGAAGAUUUGGGAAGCUUAAUAAACUUAACAUAAGAAGCCUUUAGAAGCCUAAGCUCAUAAAACCCGCAAAUUUUUUAUAAAUUUUUUUCAGCUUGAAUAUGACGAUGCUCGAAAUCUAGCAGACACUUGCUCAGCACUCAGAAAAUCCUAUUUCCAAAACCAAAUUUAUAUCCAAGAGCCACAAAAGUUUGUUAUGCGAAUCAUACAUCGAUCGUAUGAGGGACCUGAUACUGUGAAUAUAAUGCAAUUUUUGGUGCGAAACGGAACUACACGACAUGCUGAUUAUUCAGAUAUUCAUUGCAAGAAUAUGAAUCAAAUUUUUUACAAAUUGCGAAAUAUGACACGGGGAAACAUUUUGACACGAAUUUUGUUGGAAUCAAACAAUUUACAUGAUACAUUCAGUUUUUUCUAUUUAUGGGCUCCAGGUAUUCCAUGUGAUAUUAUUACCGGAGAAUUGACAUCAAGUCUUCAUUUGACAAAUGCGACAAGUUUAGAGCUUCGAGUGAAGAGAUUCACUUUUAAAGUUCAAAAUAUGCUCAGAUACUCAACACUUGAACGAUUGAAGUUUAGCUUACAUUUUCGGUUUCUCGAGCAGCGUUAUAUUAUUCCAAAUGUAAGUUGAAUUUCUGAAAAGCCCUUUAUUUCCACUAAAAACUUCUCUAUUUCAGAACAACCCGGAAAGUUUGAAAAAACUAGAAAUCUCGGUAUAUUUUGAUGACAUCAUUACCAAACCAAAUUAUGUUCCAAAUGAGAAAAAGUGAGUUGAAGCCCAAGAAGCCUUCAAAGCCUAAUUUGAUUUCAGAAUCGAGUUGUGCCAAACAAAAAUGGGAUAUUUAUCGAAAUACUUUUCAUUUUUCUCAAUCUGGAUAUUUUGUGAUUAUCAAAACUGAAGAUUUUCAAAACCUCUAUCGUUCUUUGGACUGCAAUAUUUCCGAUUAG